AUGUACAGCGACGAUGGUGAAGAUGACGUUUUCGGCGAUGACCGUGAGCUGGCAGGUGGAGUGGCCCAGCUGUUGUCGAAACCGCAAAACUUCGACGGAGCACUGUGCCCCAUUGCGCUCGAGUUGCUGCGACGUGGCCACGAGGUCAAGUUCGUGCUGCAUGAGGAGGUUUUGUCGCUUCUUCCGGCGCCAUUGACAGCUUUGAGUGCAGGGCCGCUUCCUUGGUCCUGGGACAAGGAGCGCCACUUCCGACAGUCUUUGUGGGAUCCUUCGCCGUCCGACCCUGCCGAGCAGGACAAGAAUGCCUCACGAAAGGUGUCGCAUGCUAAGGCCAUUGUCUUUAGUGCCGUUGCCAUCAUGCUUAUUGGCGACAUGGUGAUUACACAGAGUAUUUCGCAAUAUUUCGCCAUUCUCACGGCGAUGGAGAUCAUCGCCGAACAGAACAGCACGACUGCAAAUGAUAGUUUGAGCACUUCUGCGAGUGACUACCAGUUUGACUGCCAGCAUAGUGACUCCCGUUGGUACCUUGAGUCGUUGUUGAUAGCCCUUGAUGGCCUCGGCUCAGUAUGA